GAUGUCAGAUGACUGGAAGAAAAAAUAGUUGUACAGUGUUGCUACCGUAAAUUUAGUCAUGAUGAUCGAUUGAAAGAAAAAGACCAGAAGCACGGAGGCAGGAGUAUCGCAAGGAGCAGUGCUCUCCCCCUUGCUAUACAACAUAUACACAAGCGACAUCCCAAGACCUGCCAAUACCAUAGAAUGAUACGGCCCUUCUAACAUCCUCAUGUCGCAAGGACUGCAUCAGGCAACAGCUACAGCUUGCAAUUGACGAACUACAUCAGUGGUUCAAAAUGUUUUUUCGAAGAAAAAAAGCUGGGAUGUUGGAAAGUGAUUCUGACUUUUCAAGUGACGAUGACCUAAGGCCAGUCUUUAAAAAGCGAAGGGGACCACGCGAGACAAUUCUAGUAAGUGAAUCAGACAGUGACUUGGUUGUGCCAAGAAGAGUGAGGAACCCUUUAGUAUUGUCAGACUCUGAUGAGACCGAUGAAUGGAAAAGCGAUAUUUCUGAAGAGACAUUGUCUUUGGUGGAAAAAGGCGCAAGCUCUUCGGUACCAUCUCAAGAAAAAGUUAUUGAGUCCGACUCUAGUGAUGGACUCUCAGAAAAAUGUCCAAUUUGUCUUCUUUCAUUCCAACUGCAAGAGGUAGGGAUACCAGAGAACUGUGAACACACUUUUUGUUUGGAAUGUCUGCAAGAAUGGUCGAAAAAUAUGAACACUUGCCCCGUUGACAGAAAAGAAUAUCACUCAAUCACUGUUAACAAGUUUUUAAAUGGUAAAUUCCUAAGAAAGAUUCCAAUUGAGAAACCUGUACUUCAAGAUGAAUCUGUCAACAUUAUUGAAGAUCCAACAUUUUGCGAAAUUUGUGGAUCAAGUGGUGACGAAGACCGAAUGCUUCUUUGUGACGGAUGCGAUCUCGGAUUCCAUCUGUAUUGUCUAGAGCCUCCACUCGCUGAAGUUCCUGAAGGUUCAUGGUAUUGUAGUCAAUGCAGAUCCUUGGAAAGAGUACAUAUGAAUUUGAAUGAAGUUGGCAUUUGGCUUAAUGAGGAAGGAUCGAAUUACGUUGGUAGUUCUUCAGCACAAGGGCAACCAGCACCAUUUAGGAGGAUGACACGUACUAGACGGACAGAACGAGAACGCAAUCAAAUAGAAAAUAUCAGAAGAAGCCAGCGAACUCGUGAAGAGGCUAAUUUGAGAAGCCAACCUCGAGAUCCCAACGUGCCUUCAACGUCUGGCAGUCGCGGCUCAAGAACCCGAACUAGUCGAACAAAAAAAUCUACAAAAAAAUCAGGUAGAAGGAAGAGCUGUCGUACAGUGUGGAUUCUGAACGAUCAUGGAGAAGCAGUACCCGUGCAGUGGAAGGUAUCUUCUAGAAAACGAAGGUAUAAACGGAAAACUGGGAAACGACGGAAUCAGAAACUGUCCUCGUCAUCGAAAGAAUCCUCUGUUAAGAAACGUUUAGCUGGCCAAUUGGGCAUGUGCGUUCCUAAAAAUGUGGGUCAAUUAUUACCAGACGUUAGAGUUUCGGGAAACACUGGUAACAGUAUGGGUCAUGUUCGUUUUCAAUCUGGAAUUACUCAUCUGCAUCUAUUUGGUAGACACGAUCAAUUAGAAUACUUUUCACAGUCAGAGGACGAGGGUAUUUUUAAUGAAAAUGAAGCUGGUGGAGUUCACAGCUUGUUAACCAGAAGAAUCCAAAACCCCAUGGCUGGUCUGAGGAGAGUUACUCGAAGAAAAGCGGCACUUGUCGAUAAUUCCACAGUGUCCAGUUCCACCGAUCUCCUAGAUAGCAUUUUGAGAUCACAAGAAGAGUUACUGUCAAAAAACUCAAUAAUGUCGGUGGAUUCAUCAGGAAAAGUGAACAUCGUAGUCAAGAACAAGGAACCAGGUUUAACUAGUUAUAUUCCAACUAAGCCAGAUUUUAAUUCCUAUUCUGUUAAACAAACUCCUUGGCAUGGCCGGAAUUAUUCAGGCUACAGACCCAACCAUAACCGUAAUUUUUCCAACAACAGAAAUUGGCAAAAUAAUUCCAACUAUUAUCAAGGCAGGUAUGGGCAAUCUGGAAAUGUCGGCCAGGGAAAUGGUAAUUAUUUCCAUGGUCGAGGGCAGCCUAAUGACAUACCCCAAGAUUAUACCCGUAGAACAUUGACUGAAGCGGAAAUAUUGCAAGAAGAAGAAAAAGAAAAGCAAACUACUGGAAACAGUACUCCAGUAAGUGACAAUGAUGUUGACAUAUAUGGAGAUAUGGAAAGUGAAACCGUGACUACAACCAGAGACGACGAAUUUAGACCUCCGACAUCUCCAGUAACUCAAAGUCAAGUUUCCAACGCUAACACCGAUGAAGAUAAUGACUCUGAAUCAGGAAUGGUCAUUGACACUGAAAAGGGUUUUGAUGAUUCGGUUACAUCUACUGUAGGUAUUGUGCAUGCACUGGCUUAUAGUCCUGGUCAACCGACGUCUAGUCCAACUCGGUCAAUCUAUAGUCCAGGUCCAAGUUACAAUCCGGGACAACCAACCUAUAGUCCAGCUCCACCGCUUCAUGUUCCGGAUCAACCGACUUAUAGUCCGGGUAACCCUACAGGUAGUCCAGAGGAAGCAACUACUCAGGACUCACUGGAUUCCCAAAAUAUCAGUUUAGGAUAUGAACAACUUCAGAGAGAUCUUGCUUCAGGUUACGAUGAUCUUCAAAGGGAAAUUGCUUCAGGUUAUGAUCAGCUUCAGAAAGAAUUUGCACUAGGCAUUAAACAAUAUCAGCCUUCGCUGACUUGGAAUAAAAGCUCAGGCGAAACUAGUUCUACGUCUGUUCCCCCUGCGCCAAGCCAAGCGGUCCUUAGCAAGACCCAAAUAAGCGCUUCCUCUAUUGGAGGGCCACCGGAAACUGCAAUAACUAUCGGAAAAUCGGGUGAUACAAAUGGUCCGCAUUUACAAGAAUUUUCAAGUCUAAAUAAUAUACCAAUUCCGCCUGCUGACGAUAUCAAUAAGGUAAAUAGUUCAACGGCUGAAAGAACUUCUGGUGAUACUUCCAUUAAUAAUCUAGAGAAGAGGAAUUAUGAUGAUGAUGAUUCGGAUGAUGGAUGCCCAAACUUUAGUAUUUAUUCUAGACAAAGUAAAUCCGUGGCAUUAACCACAGAUAUAUCCAUGCCAUCUUCUAGUGAAAUUCAAACUGGAAAUAUAAAUUAUAUUUCGGAUGCGGUUGAUCCAAUAACAGAUGAAUCAACAUCAUUGCCAGACUCGCCUCAAAGAGUUACAGUCGAAAAAACUGGUUCAGAUCCGCGACUUCAAAAAGUUUCGUCGGAAUCGUGGAAUCUUGGCGGCUUGUAUAGCGAUUCCGAAGAUGAAACCAUAGUGAAAAAGAAGAACUCCUUUGCUAUAGAGGACAUAAAAGAUAUGACAGAAGACAUUUUAAGUGAAGAGGAUCGAAGUUAUACCCCUGUAUUAGACGAACGAGUCGAUAAAUCUAGAGAAGGUCUUGAAGGCCUUGAUACAGAAAUGAUAUCUGAUGAUGAUCGGAACGAUUUUGACGAAUCCCAUGAAUUAAAAACAAUUUCCGAUGGAGAUGCUUUGGAGAUUAAUGCCAAAGAGUCGGAACUAGAAUUUACCAGACCUGAAGACUUCGAGGAAGGCGAAAUUGUAGACAAAAACAAGGAGAAAGCCGUCGAACAUAGUAAAGAGGCGCCUGAGCGGAAACCUAAAAAGGACAAAGCCAAAAAUGAGAAAAAGAGUGAGAAAGACGUAAAGAAGAAGAAAAAGGAGAAAGUCAAAGAAAGUACAUCUACAGAAGCGAGUGCCAACAAAGAAAAUGUUCACAAAGAAACGUUCAAGAAAUUGACCAAAAGCACCAAGGAAAGAAAUUAUAGAGAUAGAGAUAAAGACAGGUCCAAGGAGUCUUUGCGGGCUCGUUCCCGCACAAGAACUCCCGAUCUUACCGAACGGGAAAAGGAAACAAGAAAAAAGAAGGAGAAACGCAAGGAACUUGAGCGAUACAAUGUUCGAGCUAUAAUCGCUGAAAAACCGAGACCUCAUCCCAAAGAUGAAUUCGGUCGAGAUUUGCGCCAAGUUUCAUCACGAUCGAGAAGCCGAUCGUAUACACCUCCUUUAAAGCAUAAGUCACCGUUGAGAACCAGACAGACUCCAUCUCCAAUUCGAGCACCUAGUCCAGCAACUAGAAGACGGUCCCGAUCCGUGUCUAAAACAAAAACCCCGCCCAAAAGUCGAAGGUCACUGUCGAAACGACGAUCGCUUUCUAAAGCAAAAGAUAAAGCUGUAAAGAGGAAGGCUCGAUCUAGAAGUAGGUCACGCGAUAGGCAAAGAAACAGCUCUAAAGCAAAAAAACGGAAGGUUUCUACCAGCAAAAACAACCGACAAAAGAAAUCUAAAGACAAGAAUAAGAAGCGGCAGCGGCGCAGUCACAGUCGAAGGCGAGUACAUUCAGGGCAGUCUCGGUCUGUUAGUCCAAGGCGAGAACACAGGGAAUGGACACCAUCUUUAUCUAGAUCUCUUACUCCACCUGUACGUGUGGUUUCUCCAUCAUGGACACCACCUAAAACUGAUAGUUCCAACGCAUUGCGUAAUCAGAAUCUUACGGUAAUUGUAAACAAUGAUACUGCUAAAAAGAAGAAGGAAAAGCGAGGUAGAGAGCGGAGGAGAAAAGAUGACUCUCCAACCAAAAGGAGACGUAGGGAAAGGGAGCGAACGCCUCCCCCGUCUAAAGAAGUAUUUGCAUCAGGCGAUAACAUUUUAGUAAGUGUUAGUUUUAAUAAUGAAAAUGAAACUAGAGAUAUAAGUACUCGUGAAAAUAGAAAAAGGAAAGACGCAUCGUCAGAACGGCCAAAGAAAACUAAGGAAAAGAAAAAUAAAAAUAAGAAGGAUCUGACAGGAGUAAAACCUGUAGCAAUUAUCGAUUUAGAGAGAUCUCCCUUUCAAGAAAUUGUCUCCUCCCCUAAAGAUGUAAUAGUUCUUAGUGAUAGUGAUAAUAAUGAAAAUGACGUCCGAGAUAUUCAAAAUAAUAUUUGCGAUUCAUCUCAACAAGUUGCUAGCCCUGAAGAGACUCUUAAUUAUACGAUGGGUCCAAAAACACCACCCGAACCGGGCGUUAAAUUCGCUUUGCUUCCGAAAGCUCCACAACUGCGUGCAAUAAACAAUCCUCUUCAUGAUCCUUUGGAGACCAUUGAAGAGGAGGCUCAGGACGACCUCAAUAAUAGUUCACAUAAAGGACCAAAUACUCCUCCUGAAGAACCUCCUACUUCGCCGCCCAGUUCUCCAGAUGCUUAUGAUCCUUUUGAGCCAACAAAAAGUAGGUCGCCUACUCCUGAACCUUGUAAUGUUCAAUGUGAAAUCCACGAAGAGGAAAAGCUUCAAGGCCCCCUGGAAAAUUUAGAUCUGGAAAAGUCUGAGAAAACUCCUGAUGCAAUUAAGUCGCUAACACCGCCUAUGCCGGAUGUUCAGCCUGCAGAUUCACAAAGUGGCAAUAAAGACAUUACUGAGGGUAAGUCGCCAGUUGAUCGGAUCGGGGUGUCUUUGAAUCAGCUGAUUCAACCAUCAAUUCCCAAGCCAAUAGCGCAAACUGUUCCAUUCAGUUCAAUACAAACAUCAAUCAUAUCCCCAGCCCCUGUAUCCAGCACUAUUACUAUUUCAAGAAUAGGCAUGUUAAGUUCUGCAGUAACGCCAGCUGCCACUAUCCCACAAAGAAUCGUACUGCCAAACCAAAUUAAAUCAAGUCCAGUAAAAAUACUUCCGACCAAAGCUGCAGUUAAAUCCACUCCGAUUAAACCUAUGCAGUUAAAAGGUUCGAACAACAAGAAGGGCUCCAAACAGCAAAACGGCAAUACUGCGGAUGAUGCUAAUCCGGAUAUGGAUUCUCCAUAUUCACCUGGAUCCAGUGACUAUGAGGAUCUCUUUGAGCCGCCCUCUGAGCCCGUUAGUGCGACUUCGAAAGUCAAACCGUCUGCCAAGCCGAAGCGAUCAAUCAAAAAAGCUCAAAAUACGUUUGACAACUUGUUUGGUUCUCCAAGUUAUAGCAAAAAGACGAGCAAGAAGGUUGCAAGCAAGAAGCCAGUUCCUGCCAAGCCGUUGAGCAAACAUGUCGGUAUUAAAGUGGAUGAAGACAGUUUAAAAAUAUUGGAGGACUUACCCAACUCUGCAGUGGAAAUGCAAGUGAAAGAUAAGUUCCUUAAAAAGCUGAACAGGCAAGAACGUGUUGUGGAAGAAGUGAAACUCGUUUUGAAGCCGUUCUACAAUAAGAAAAAAAUCACUAAGGACGAGUAUAAAGACAUCAUGAGACGAGCUGUCCCAAAAAUAUGUCACAAUAAAUCUGGAGAAAUAAACCCCCACAAAAUUAGGCAGCUGGUUGAGGCCUACGUAAAAAAAGUGAAACAUAGCAAAAAGGUUACGUCGUCAAGCUCGUUACCUCAGAAGUAAUAUUAAGUUUAAGGUAAAUUAUUUAAUUGUGUAUAUACUUUGACUUAAAUUGUGACAGAAUCACCAUGUGAAAAUUAUGGUAUAGAGUUUCUUUUCGUGAAUAUUGGAUUUUCCUUAUUUUUCAAAUACAAUCUUUGUACAUGCCCAAUACUUAUAUUGUUUGAUCGAUAACGUAUCCAAUACCUAAAGAUAAGCAAGUUUCCGUUGUAUAUUGAAAUCGCAAAUAAAUUUUAAAACUAU